AUGUCAGGCUUUUAUCGGAUUAACAAAGCAACCAUUGUUGAGGAUGCCAUCACCUACAUUGAACCCCGACAAAAUAUUGUGCAGAGUCUCAGCUAUGAGCUUCAUGAAAUGGAAGCAACAUCAAAGGAAAUAAAGCCAAAGAAAGAAGAAAUCAAUCUUCUUGAAAUGGAAGCAACUCCAUAUUUGUUCAAAACUGAUUUCCUACACAAAAUUUGUGGCAGUUUUGUGAUUCUGCUCAAAUUUAUGACAGAAAUUUCUAAUCAGCCUUCUCCUUCACAGGUGGCAGAGUGGGGAAUGAUGAGUAUGUGUGAUACUGAAAGAAGACUUCUGGCUAAUGCAUUGCUUGAUAUCUCAAAUGAAUGGUUUAUCCUCUUAUCGGAGUCCUGCAUUCCCCUCCAAAACUUCAGCAUUGUGUACCUUUACAUAGCACGCUCAAGAUAUAGCUUUAUGGGUGCAAUUGAUGAACCUGGUCCUUAUAGGAGAGGACGGUAUGAUGGAAACAUGGCACCUGAGAUCAACAUGAGUGACUGGCGAAAAGGCUCUCAGUGGUUUGAAAUUAACCGAGAACUAGCUCUUAGGAUAGUUGAAGACAAUACUUACUAUCCUAAGCUCAAAGAAUUCUGCAAACCACACAAAUGUUAUGUUGAUGAGCACUAUUUUCAGACAAUGUUAACAAUUAAUACUCCUCAUCUUUUGGCAAAUAGAAGCCUCACUUAUGUGGACUGGUCAAGGGGUGGUGCUCACCCAACUACCUUUGGGAAGGAUGACAUCAAAGAGGAAUUCUUCAAGAAAAUUUUGCAAGAUCAGACAUGUCUUUAUAAUAACCAGCCAUCUUCCCUUUGCUUCUUAUUUGCAAGAAAAUUUGCACCUAAUGCUUUGGGCCCUCUUUUAGACAUAGCACCCAAAGCUCUAGGAAUUGGAAAAAGGCAUAGCUUCUAAGCUACAUCAUUAAAGGAGCACACGCUGA